AUGUAAAAACUAAGACGUGAAGCAAUUGAGAGAGCCAAAUUAAACUCAGCUUGUAAUACAAUCAUUAGUACCUUAUUUGUAGUCUUGGUCACACUUCUUACACUUUUCAUAUGUGAUCUCUCAGGUUUAGUGCAAUUAGAUAAACCAUUGUAAUACGUUUCUGCAGCAAAUGCUAUUAAAGAUUAAAUACCAGAGAGGAAUUUCAUAUCUGCAUCUUAAACGGGGACUUUAGAACCAUUAUAAGGACAGCAUAUUGAUAAGGUGAAUGUGAUUAAACCUAUUAUUGAUCAUAGAGAAUAUCGAUAUUUAGAAUUGGAGAAUCAUUUAAAAGUGUUAUUGAUACAUGAUUCAGAAUCAGAAAUGGCAUCAGCUGCUAUGGAUGUUAAAGCAGGAUCUUGGCAUGAACCAAAUGAGUAUCCUGGUUUAGCUCAUUUUUGUGAACAUAUGUUAUUCAUUGGGUCUUAGAAAUAUCCUCAAACUGGAUUUUUUGAUGAUUUAAUGGCAAAAGGUGGAGGUUCAUCAAAUGCAUAUACAGAGGCAUAAAAUACAAAUUAUUAUUUUGAAAUUACUGUGAAUCAUUUAGGAAAAGCAUUAGAUGCAUUUGCUCAUUUUUUUAUAGAUCCUUUAUUUAAUGAAGAUGCAGUAAAUAAAGAAAGAAAUGCCGUUAAUUCAGAAUAUGAAAUAGAUGUAAGUACUGAAGAUUGGAAAGUUGUUAAUCUCUUUGCUCUUUUAGCUGAUCCCAAACAUCCUGCUAGUAGAUUUAGUAUAGGUAAUAAUGAUGUUUUGGCCAAAGAAGGAGUAGUUGAAGCAUUAAAGAAAUUUUAUUAAGAUAAUUAUUCAUCUAAUAUAAUGAGUUUGGCUGUAUCAAGUAGAUUAUCUUUAAAUGAAAUGGAAAAGAUGGUUAAAGUAUUUUCAAAAAUAGAAAAUAAAAAUUUAAUACCUUAAUCAAUUUCAGGAUUUCCAUAUUAAUUUGGAUUAUUGGGUAAAUACAAAACAGAAAAGAAGUUAGUUUUAUUAAAUUGGUAAUUGAGUGGAAGAGAAUAAUUUGUACACUAGAAACCUUUAGAAUUAAUAGAUUAUUUAUUAAAUAAUGGAAAUUUGAAGGAUUAUUUAAAGGAGAAAUAAUUAGUGAUUGAAUUUGAAUCCUCAAUUUUUAUUGAAUAAAAUCAUUUUGUCAAUUAUAUAAUAGAAUUAACAUUACCAGAAUAACCAUUAGAGGAUGGAAAUAUUGCCCUUGAAAUUACAAGAAUUAUAAAUAAUUAUAUCCAAUAAUUAGAGGAAUGGUUAAAGGAUGAAAAAUAUUUAGAAGAAAUAUUUAAAGAAUAAAGUUAGAUUUCUAAAAUAAAUUUUGAAUAUAUGGAAGGACCUUAAGAAAUUUCUAAUAUUGCUAAGAAUUUGAAUAAAUAUGAAUCUGCAGAAGUACUCUCUUCUAGUUUUAUAAUGGAUGUAUUUGAUAAAGAUCUUAUAUUAAAAUAUAUUUCUGAGUUGAAAAAAACAGAUAAUUUAUUGAUCUUAAUUGGAGAUGAUGAAUAUUAAUAUACAGAUAGUACUUUGAAAGGGAAUAAUAAAGAAUUUUUAAAAGAUAAAAAAUUAGAUAAAAAGAGUGAGAUAUAUAGAUUAGAAUAUGCAACUCAGAAGUUGACAAAAGAUUCAAUUAAAAUUAUAACUUAAAAAGAUUCAAAAUUAUAAAAAAUAUUUACUAAACCUUAAGAAAACUUAUUUAUUCCAGAUGAUUUAAAAUUAAUAUCAUUAUGUGAAUCAAAUUAAUAUAAAUUACCAAUUAUGGUCCAUUCUGAUUAAUUAAAACCUUUAGAUAAAGAAGGAAAAUUAAAUAUAUUACUUCAUGCUGGAUAAGAUUUGUAGGAAUUCUCUGAAGAUCAAUGUAAGAAAGAAGAGAAUGUUUAUUAAAAAAAUAAUCAUUUUCCAAUUCUAUUAAAUAAAGAAAAUAAUUAAUGGUGGAAAGUGUCUACUUAAUUCAAAUUACCUUCUGUAUAUGGAGCCAUAUCAAUAUAAUACACUAAACCAAUAACAAUAAGACAAUUUACAUCAGCCAGAAUUUAUAACUUUAUUUCAGAUGAAGAAAUUAAUAAGUAACUCAGAUAGCCCUUAACAACUGGUUACUCUGUAGAAUUAGAUAUUGGUAAAUAAAUUGAAAUUAAAGCCUAUGGAUUUAGUGAAAAAGUUAGAAGCUUUUUUAAUAGUAUUUGUGGAUGCAUAAAUCCAUUUAAAGAUAAAUCUAAAAGUUUUAUUGAACUUGAAGAAAAAAAAGAGGAAUCACCUGAUUUUAUUAGAGCUAAGUAAUCACUUAUAACAUCAAUAAAGGAUAUAUUUUAAUUGAAAUUAUAUGAAUAGUCAUUUCAAUUGUAUCUACCUUCAAUUUUAAGAAAAGAUUUCUUUAAUCCUGAAUUAGUUUUAUAAUAAAUACCAGAUAUUACAGAAGAAUAAAUGUUAUCAGACAUCAAAGAUAUACUUUAAAAUUCUAUUUAAAGUUCAUUAUUGAUUGGAAAUAUAGAUUAAAAGAAUGCUUAAGAUCUUUCAACUGAUUUAUAAAAUUGUAUUUAAGAUAAGGAAGGAUAAAUUGAAAAAUAAACAAGAUUACCUAUAUCAGUAUUGAGUUUAAAUGGAAAAAAUUGGGUAUUUGCAAAAUUUGUUGAAUAAGACAAAGGUGAUUUGAAUGGAGUGACAUUAAAUUAUUAUUAAAUAGGUUAAAGAAAUUAAUAAAAUUAUGCUUUAAUGAAAAUUCUUUAACCUGUACUUAAUUCUUAAGCUUAUAAUCAUUUAAGAACUGAUUUAUAAUUAGGUUAUGUUGUUGCCAUGAAAUUCAAGUAAGUUAGUUGCAUUGAUGGUGCAUUAUUUUUAGUUUAAGGAAAUAAAGAAUUACCAAUGAAAGUUAAUCAAUUAAUAGAAGAAUUUCUAGUUCAAUUUGAUGAAUACUUAAAAACAAUGAAUAAAAAACAAUUUGAGCAUUUAAGACAUAGUGCAAUAGUUGAAUUGAGAUAGAAACCUUAAACUUUAAGUGAAGAAGCAGAUAGAUUAUGGGGAUACAUCAGUUCAGAUGAUUAUUCUUUUGAAGAGAGACAAGUUACUAUUGAAAAUUUGAAAUAAAUUUCAAAAGAAUAAAUAAUAGAAUUCUAUGAAAAUGUAUUCAUUAAUAAUAGAUCAAAAAUAAGUCUAUAAUUAUAUGGGUAUCUAUUUAUAAUAAAUAUUAUUUUAGUGAAGGGAUGGUUUCAUAAACACUAAGUUUGAAGAACAAUGAGGAAUUUGAUUCCUAUAUCAAAGCAAAUAUUCCUGAAGGUGCCACACUUUUUACUGAUAAAGAAUCAUAGUACUAUGAUUGUCCAAAUGAUGUCAGUUCAGUUUGA